AUAUAGAAAUGAAAGUGUAUUUUUCGUAUAGAGAAAUAUGACCACCAACAAAAGCCAUUGGGCUAUCAUUCAUUUGUGCAUGCCACGACCUAAGAAAAAGAAGCUAGUUGAUUUUGUUUACCAAGAAUUCCACAAGACACAGGUUUAGGAAAAAAGGGAAAUUUCAAUAAUUUUGGAGUAUUCCUAUAAUGACAACAAAUCAAUCAGAUUUGCAGACGAAAAAGACCAUCAAAGCCAUCUCCUUCCAAGAAAAACUUGCCAUUUUAAAGCAACUAGAGGCUGGUGUGUCUCGCAAGGAAAUUGGCGAACAAUUUAAAUGCAGCCAAUCUACUCUUGCAAGGGUGCUGGUGAAUAAACAAAUUUUACUGGAAUUGGCCGAGGAGGGAAAGAAUUUAAACCGUAAGCGGGUGGCUAUGGUCACAUACAAAGAAAUCGAUGAAGCUUUGAGUAAGUGGGCACAGGAAAUGAAACGCAAUAACUAUACCAUAACAGCGGCUGCAGUUAAAGAAAAGGCCGAGGAGUUGGCUCGCAAUAUGGGACAAGAUUUUAAGCCAUCAGCCGGUUGGCUUUAUAAAUGGAAAGAAAGGGAAAACGUUCAAUUUUGCAAGAAAUAUAAAACAGAUGAUCCCGAUCCAUUCAUCAAUUCUGUGGCAAAUGAGGACAUUUUAAAAGGUCUUUUAUUGGAGAGAAAGGAAAGCUCCAACGAAAUGCAAAUACCAACUGCUGACACUAAGAGAUUAAAAAUGUCUGAAGACGAAGAAUAUCGCGAAAGUUUUGCACAACAACAAAAUCAACCAAGUUUCCUAGACUUUGUUGAGUCAACACUAUCAAAAAAUCAGCAGACACCGCAGCAAGCCCACGCCAGCCCCCAUUUGGAGCAAAUGAAACAGCCAACACCUAAAAGUCCACCGAUAUCUUCAAACACAUCCCCCUCCACCUCUGGCAGAAAAGUUCCUUACAGUUAUGAUCCUGUUUAUGUUCUUACCAGCACCGGAAGAUAUCGCAAAGAGAAAACAUUUCUUACGCUACUGCAAAAGCUGGAAAUUUUACAACGCAUGAAAAAUGGUGAAAGAAGACAAGAUUUGAUUAUUGAAUAUCGCCUCUCUCAAUCUGCCAUGUCCCAAAUUGUGGCUGAUGAAAAGAAGAUACUUAAAUUUGCUGCCAUAGGUCAAAAUUUACAAAUGAAAAGGGUCAGAGGCGGUAUAUUCAAAGAGGGUGAGGUGGAAUUGAAUUCUUGGGUGCUUAAACAAAUGGAGGAAGGCGCAACUUUAACUAGAUCACAAAUUAAAACAAAGGCUAAAGAAAUUGCAGAUCGCAUGCAAAUUGAUUUCAAAGCUUCCACAGGUUGGCUUGAGAAGUGGAAAAUACGCAUGAAUAUGGACUUUAAUGAAAAUCAAGUAUUGCAUCGCAAAAUACCAUUCUAUGCGUCUAAUACGGAUGAAGAAACCCACAUAUCUAAUGAGGUUCAUGUGCCCGAAGCUAUUUAUGGCCGAGGUGGUGGUGAUGAUGAUGAUGACAUUCACAUUGACCAUGAGGUUAAUAUGAAAAGGGAAUUAGUCGAGGCGGAUGAUUAUAGUUUUAGUCAACAUAAUGGUCACAUAGAUAUUAAACCUUUUAUGAUGGGACAAGAGCAAUUUGUUGAUUUAACCGACUCAGAGUCAGAGCAUGAGGACAUCAAGCCAAACCUGCGCUCACCUUCACCCCUGCACCCAAUGACUUUAAAAACAACUGCUCCCGAAGCUCCGGUGGCUACCGAAACAUUGCACCAGAAAAUAUUGAAUUGGUUAAGCAGACAUAACAUAGGACCCACGGCAUCAAUCGAACUAUUGACAUUAUUGCAUCCUACCAUAACGGAAGCAUCCAAAACAACCAACUAACAAGUUGCACAAUACAACAAGCAAGACCGGCAAACGGCCGCAAUUAGUUUAAUUUAUAAUACUUUAUAUUAAAGUAAUCAUUAUUUAUUAGUAUCAUUAUGAACUUAAAAAGCAACAGCCAACAAAUAAAUUAUUUAGAUUCAACAUUUUA